ACGUGUUAAUAUGAUAAAAAGUAAAAUUAAAUAACACCCAAAACAGCGUCAACCGACUUUUUUUCGCGAUCUAAGAAAAGGCUUAGGGUUCUCUCUCUCUCGUUCGAUUUCAUUCGUUUUGGCUUUGAAUCUCACUCUCAGGCCCUAAAAUCUCUUCUUCGUCGCCAAUUUUCGUCACACUCGCGGAUCGAAGCUUUCAAUUCAAUUCUUCUGAUAUCUCCCACUCACCGAAAUUCGAAAUCUUUUUGUGGGGAUUUUAUCGUUAUAAACCAUACAAAGUCCAUAACAAUUGGGAAGGAGCAAAUUUGCUGUGAUUUUUGAUAUGACUGUUACCAAGGCAAGUAGGUACCCGGGAAGCUAUUAUGGUAAUGCCAUUCAUACAGCUGGAGAGUCUGAAGGUUCAGGUAUCUCAGGACGAAUAGACAUGGAAAUUGCUGCUUCUGAGGCCUCAAGUGCUUUGACAAGGAAGUGCACAAGUAUGAAUUCUGAUAUGAAUGCCGAUUUCUGUUUCCCGAAGCAAGUGAUUAACAUGUCGAAUUUGUCACCAUCUGAGAGAAAGGAUCUGCUGCAUAGAUUGAGAAAGUAUCUUGGACAAACUCGGGUAAUUCUGAAGAGAGUUGAAUCGCAGAUGCCUAAUGGUCUUGCGAGGUCUGCUUCCAGUAAUAUGCUCAGCUAUAGUAGUGGACCGAAUGUGCCAGCCAUUGGAAAGUCCAAGAAAUCCUCAAUGAUAACUUCUGGUCCUGUUAAAAAUUUGAAUCCUGGAGGUAAGAAAGCUGAAACGAGUAGGAAUUCUUCUGGGAAGUUUGAAUCAACAAAUCGGACUUCAGCUCCGAACACUACAAAUGUGAUGUUGUUGAAACAAUGCGAGGCGUUGUUAAAGCGAUUGAUGACUCAUCAGUUUGGAUGGGUGUUUAAUACCCCGGUUGAUGUAGUGAAGUUGAAUAUUCCAGAUUAUUUUACUGUUAUCAAGCAUCCGAUGGAUUUGGGAACUGUAAAGAGCAAGUUAGCUUCAGGAUCAUACUCAAAUCCCAUGGAAUUUUAUGCUGAUGUGAGACUUACUUUCACAAACGCAAUGACCUACAAUCCCCCCGGAAAUGAUGUCCAUGCUAUGGCUGAUACCCUUAAUAAAUUUUUUGAAGUGAGGUGGAAAUCUAUUGAGAAAAAGCUGCCAAAAGUUCAUUCUCAACCAUUACCUGAAAAAUCAGGUUCUGUUGUGGACUUGGAAAUAGCUGAGCCAAACCCCCCUUCGAAAAAGAGGAAAGUGAUUCCUACCCAACCAGAGGUAAGGCCAGAGCCUGUGAAAAGAGUAAUGAAUGACGAAGAGAAACAUAGGUUGGGCAAGGAAUUAGAAUCCUUGCUGGGUGAGAAUGAGAUGCCUGUACAUAUAAUUGAUUUCUUGAGGGAUAAUAGUUCAGAAAGCAAGGACUCUGGGGAGGAUGAGAUUGAGAUUGAUAUUGAUGAUCUCAGUGAUGAAACCUUGUUCACAUUGCGUAAGCUUGUUGAUGAAUACUUGGAAGAGAAGCAGAAAGGUCAUUCACAGGCUGAACCUUGUGAAAUAGAGCUUUUGCACGACCCAGCUUUGAGCAAUUCAUCCAUGCAACAUUUCAAAGGAAGUGAGCCUGCUGAUGAGUAUGUUGACAUUGGUGCAAAUGACCCUCCUAUAUCGAGCUGCGCCCCUAUGGAAAUAGAAAAGGACACAGGCCAUGGUAUCAGUUCAGCCGGCUCCAGUGAUUCAGAAUCCAGCUGUCCUUUAGAAAGUGAGUGUGGUGGUGCAAUAGCCUCAACUUUGGUCGAUGCCUCAAAGGUGCCAGAAACAUUGGACUCUGGAGCUGAAUUAGACAAAAUGGCAACUCUUAGUGAUUUACAUGAAAUAAAUCAGUCUGAUAGUUGCUUGGACCAAGUUGAACAACCUCUUGAGCAAAAGCCAGAUUCUGUUGAAUCAGAGAGCCGCCAAGAUGCGGAUAGUGCUCCAAGUGGGAGGCAGGUAUCCCCCGAGAAGCAGUACAGGGCUGCUCUAUUGAAAAAUCGUUUCGCCGAUACCAUUUUAAGAGCUCGUGAAAAAACUCUUAAUGAGGGCGAUAAGGAUCCUGAGAAAUUGCGUCGGGAGAGGGAGGAGCUUGAACUACAACAGAGAAAAGAAAAAGCACGGUUACAAGCUGAAGCAAAAGCUGCUGAAGAUGCUCGGAGAAGAGCAGAAGCAGAAGCUGCUGCUGAAGCUAAGCGGAAGAGGGAGCUUGAGAGAGAAGCAGCCCGACAGGCAUUGCUACAGAUCGAAAAGACUGUUGAAAUUAAUGAGAAUUCACGGUUUUUAGAAGAUUUGGAAAUGCUUAGAACUGCCCCUGCAGAGCAGUUACCUAGCUCUGUAGACGAAACUAGCCCAGAUCAUUCACACGACGGCUUAGGAGGGUUCAAGUUCGGGGGCAGUAAUGCCUUGGAACAACUUGGCUUGUUCAUGAAAGAGGAUCAUGAAGAAGAGGAGGAAGUUGAGCCACCUUGUGUUCCUAAGGCUCUAAAUGAUGUAGAGGAGGGAGAAAUCGAUUAGAUACUUGUGCCUAUUUUGUAUUCAUGACUGAAUUGAGAAACAAGAAUAUUAUAUUUGUUACCAAGAGGAAAAAGGUAAAAAGUAAAGAAUAGGAGUACUUGGUUAAUGGUUACCCGAAAAAAGGGGCUACAGUUCUUUCUUGUUUAUUCUGAUGGUGCUUCCGGUGAGACCUGCAUAGAGCUAUAGAACAAGAGUGUAUAUAUAGGUGGUGGUGUAUGGUUUAUUCUCCCCUGUCAGAGCAUUGAAUUGAAAAGAGCUUAGAUUGUUGGAAGUGCAGUCUACUAUGCUGGAGUGAGUGUUGAUUGUGCUCUCUCUCUCUCUCUCUCUCUCUCUCUCUCUCUCUCUCUCUCUCUUAUACAAAAGUGAUAGAGAUGAGUCUUUGGAUUGGCCCCAUUGGAUUAGAGCAUUAUUUUUUAGUUUGUUUUUGCUUAUGGGGUCAGUUUGAUGUAAAUUUAGUUCACAACUGUAGUGAUUUUGUUGUUAUAAAAGCAAGUGUAAGACCACCUAUACACUCUAUUUAUGCAAGUGUCCCUUAACAAGGGUUUCAUUU